AUGCGGGCCGAGUUCUGGCUCCUCGUGCUGGUGCUUAGGGAGGCUGCCCGGGCUCUGAGCCCCCAGCCCGGGGCAGGUCAGGAUGCAGGCCAAGGCUCUGGAGGGGCCACGCAGGGGACCGCGUGGGGCUGGAAUCGGAGAGCCGGAGAGAGCCCUGGCCAGGUGUCGGAGCUGGAUAGGACUCAGCUGAGCCAGGACCUGGGUGGGGGCACCCUGGCCAUUGACAAACUGCCGGACAAUGGGACCAGGGUGGUGGAGGACAACCACAGCUACUAUAUGUCUCGUCUGUAUGGCCCCAGCGAGCCCCGCAGCCAGGAGCUGUGGGUGGAUGUGACCAAGGCCAACCAGAGCCAAGUGAAAGUUCACAGAAUCCUCUCCAACACCCACCGGCAGGCUUCGAGAGUGGUCUUGUCCUUUGAUUUCCCUUUCUACGGGCAUCCUCUGCGGCAGAUCACCAUAGCAACCGGAGGCUUCAUCUUCAUGGGUGACGUGGUCCAUCGGAUGCUCACAGCUACUCAGUACGUGGCCCCUCUGAUGGCCAACUUCAACCCUGGCUACUCUGACAACUCCACAGUUGCUUAUUUUGACAAUGGGACAGUCUUUGUUGUUCAGUGGGACCACGUCUACCUCCAGGGUCGGGAGGACAGGGGCAGCUUCACCUUCCAGGCAGCUCUGCACCAAGACGGCCGCAUUGUCUUCAGCUACAAAGAGAUCCCUAUACCCGUCCUGGAAAUCAGCUCGUCCCAGCACCCUGUCAAAGCAGGCCUGUCAGAUGCCUUCAUGAUUCUCAAUCCAUCCCCAGAUGUACCAGAAUCUCGGAGGAGGACCAUCUUUGAAUACCACCGUGUGGAGCUGGACCCCAGCAAGGUCACCAGCACAUCUGCCGUGGAGUUCACCCCACUGCCAACCUGCCUACAGCAUCGGAGCUGCGACGCCUGCAUGUCCUCAGACCUGACCUUCAACUGCAGCUGGUGCCACGUCCUCCAGAGAUGUUCCAGUGGCUUUGACCGCUACCGCCAGGAGUGGCUGGCCUACGGCUGUGCCCAGGAGGCAGAAGGCAGAACAUGUGAGGACUUCCAGGACGAGGACUCCUACUCGUCCUCCCCCGACAGCUCCUUCAGCCCCUUUGACGCAGACCUCACCACCACCUCCUCCUCCCUCUUCAUUGACAGCCUCACCACGGAAGAUGACACCAAAGUGAAUCCCUACGCUGGAGGAGAUGGCCUUCAGAGCAACCUGGCCCCCAAGACGACGGGGUCCCCUGUGCACCUGGGCACCAUCGUGGGCAUUGUGCUGGCCGUCCUCCUUGUGGCUUCCAUCAUCCUGGCCGGGAUCUACAUCAAUGGUCACCCCACCUCCAAUGCUGCCCUCUUCUUCAUCGAGCGGAGACCUCACCACUGGCCGGCCAUGAAGUUCCGCAACCACCCCAGUCACUCCACCUACACAGAGGUUGAGCCCUCAGGCCAGGAGAAGGAGGAUUCUCAGCCCUUAUCAACACUUGGAAAUUUUAAAGCCUUGCCAGUGGAAAUAUUCCAAAUAAUUCUAAAAUAUUUGUCAGUGAAGGAUAUCAGCAUGCUAAGCAUGGUGUCCAAAACAGUCAGCCAGCACAUUAUUAAUUAUAUCUCAACCUCAUCAGGAAGCAAAAGACUUUUACUACAGGAUUUUCAUGACCCUGAGCUGCCUGACAGAGAAGACACCACUAUAUUGGAUCACUACAGAUCUCUAGGUCUACUAUUUAAAAGAUGUACAUUGCUGCUACCCACAAAGGACAGACUAAAGUACAUUCACAAGAUACUUGCAGAUGUUUCCUGUUUUAAAUUCAAUGGAUGUGCAUCUCCUUUGCAAUGUGUAGGAUUACUAUGUUAUGGCAUAUUUUUACAGACUUUAACAGCAGGUUGGGAUGAACUCGAGUGCCAUCGUGUUUAUAAUUUCUUAUGUGAGCUGACUAAUCUGUCUCGCAAGAUGCAGACAGCUGUCUGCAGCAAACCAGGAAGUGCCCGAAAACUGGAGUUAAGGAUCAGACUAUUCUGUAGGAACGUACUGCUUGAUCACUGGAUCCAUCGAAGUGAUUCUGCAUUUUGGUUGACAUGUAUAUUGAAACCGUGGCCAAUGGUGAAUCAGGCAAGAUUACUGUAUAUCAUCUUCGGGCCUAUAUCUCCUCAAGAUGGACAGGUGGUUUGGCAGAAAAUGAUAGAAGAACCUACAGAUGAAUCCUGUCUGAAAGGUUUGGCUGAUGCCAUUAAAUUACUAUAUGACACAGGCACCAAAGAAUGGACAGCAGAUGAUGUUAUCAGUCUUGUAGAUGAACUAUCAGUGGUUCCUCGUGAGUGGCUUCUAGAGAAUAAUGCACGUCUCCUAAUCCUAAGUGGGAACAACAUCUGUUUCACUUUCAUGGCUAGUAAAGCUGUGAAUGGACGCACCAUUGAGCUGGCAAGGCUGAUAGUCUUUUUGGCUUUGGUGUGUGAGAAAGAACUAUAUUGCAUGGAUUGGGCAGUUAAAAUGAUGCAAAGAGUAUGUAAAGUCUUUAGCACUCCAGUGGAAAGAAAUAACUUCCUGCAGAGUGUGGCAAAUGCAUUUGCAUGUGCUAUAAUGGAAAUGCUACAGUCAGUUAUGUCUGGAGAUGGUGAUGACGACGACAGAAGCUUUAUGAAUUUGUUUCAUCUUGUGCAGGCUCAGGCUAGCUUCCAUAAAGAGGUCCUGUAUUUGACCAUGAAUGUUCUCUCUUCCUAA